UACAAUAAGCGAGCAGAGUAGCGCGCCACCAUCACAAAACCACAGCAGCAGCCGCCGCCGCUACUUACCAGUCAUUCAUUCCACAAUAAACAGUUUAACAGCUGCCUCCCCCUCUCUUCCUCUGCUCUAUUCAAUGGGUGAGCAUCACUACAACCAACGAAAAGGAAAGAACAAGAAACAGCAGCAACAUAACAAAGGGCAUGGACACACGCAACAUUCCAUGAAAGACACUAAGACCUUCAACCGCCAUGGCUCUACCGCUCCUCAACCAUCCCGUAUCAGGAAACAGGUUGAUCCUGAAAUAUCCAAAUACUUGUUAGAAAUCGCUAACCUUUUCGAAAGUAAUGCGGUUGAGUUGGAGGAACGCACUCUCAUAUGUGGGAACGCUCUCGAAGAGACUAAGGGAUUCGAAUUUGAGGUCGCAACUGAUUACAUUCUAAGCCACACUUUGGAAACCAUCAUUCAGGGAUCUGAUGUUGAACACCUCUGUGCUUUCCUUCAAAGGUGUGCCGAUAACUUCCCUGCUAUUGCCAUGGAUAGGUCCGGUUCUCAUGUAGCUGAGGCAAUUCUCAAGUCUUUAUCAACUCGUGUUCAAGACAAGGAUGCUCGCCCUCAGCUCGAGGAGGCUUUAACCACAGUAUGCAAGGUCAUGGCAGCUAGUUCUGUUGAGGUGAUGCGUAAUUGCUAUGGUUCUCAUGUGCUUCGCACUCUACUUUGCCUUUGCAAGGGAGUACCACUAGAUAAGUCUGAAUAUUACUUUUCAAAAGCGGCAACUGUACUGGCAGGGCGGUUGAAUUUGAAUGUUUCGAAGAAACACGAUGCAACAAAUUUUCAGUCUGGAUUUCCAAAUUUGCUCAAGUUAUUUGUGUCGGAGAUGUUAAAGAAUUCUGGGAAAAGCAUCAAGACCCUACAAGUUGACCCAUUCAGCAGUUUUGUUUUUCAGACGACUCUACGAGUUCUGGCAGGCAAUGAUGAAGAGUUGUUACAUGUGAUUCCCAUCCUUCUUGGCUGCAAAGAUAAGAGAAAUCCAGAGGGCAGUUUUUUAGAAGAUACAGUAGUUGCAGAGCUCAUAAAGUUGUCAAAAGAAGCUGAAUUUAGCCAUCUAAUGGAGGUUGUUUUGGAAGUAUCUCCUGAGGCCUUGUUCAAUGAAUUGUUUACAAAAGUAUUCAGGAAUUCAUUGUUUGAGUUAUCAUCUCAUCAACACGGGAACUUUGUUGUACAAGCAUUGAUUUCCCAUACAAGCAAUCAAGAUCUGAUGAGGCUGAUCUGGGAUGAACUUGGAUCAAAUAUGGAGGAUCUUUUCAAAAUGGGAAGGUCAGGAGUUGUUGCUGCACUUAUUGCUGCCAGUGAGAGGCUUCAUUUUAAUGAACACAAGUGCUGUCAAUUCCUUGCCAAAACAGUAUGCUCAGCGGAUGAGUCUCCAAAAUGUAUUGUUCCACGGCUACUAUUUCUUGAUAGCUAUUUCUCUUAUGAAGACAAGUCCAAUUGGAGCUGGCAAAGUGGAGAUAAAAUGCAUGUCAUGGGUUCUCUGAUUCUGCAGGCAAUAUUCCGGUUUAAAAGUGAAUAUAUUAAACCUUAUAUCAUCAGUAUAACAUCCAUGGAAACACCUCAUGUUCUUGAGGCAGUGAGAGAUGCAAAGGGAUCACACGUUAUUGAGGCCUUUCUAAGCUCAAGUGCUUCUGAAAAAGAGAAAUGCAGAUUAGUUAAAAAACUAGAAAGCCAUUUUGGAAAGGUAGCAGCUCACUCAUCGGGUGCUUUCGUGAUUGAAAAGUGCUUCACUGCCUGUAAUCUGUCACUAAGAGAGUCUAUAGUUUCUGAGUUAUUGGCUGUGCGGAGUGAGCUCUCGAAGACAAAGCAGGGCUCUCACCUAUUAAGGAAACUAGAUGUUGACUGGUUCGCUUCCCAUCCUGAUCGUUGGAGGUCAAAACAAGCCUCCAAAGAAUUUGCUUAUAAAGAUUUUUCCUCUACAUUUGGCUCCAGUGAUACAAAGCCAAGGAGAAAAGAUCGGUUUCUUGCCGGAAGUUCAAACAAUAAAUCAAAUCCAAAAACAGUGACAGAAUUGAGGAAAGAGAUUAACCAAUCCCUAGGUACUGCUGCAGCAUUUCUGAGCAAGCAGAAGUUCAAGAGAAAAUCAGAGCAGAAAGGUAAGAACAUUGCCAAAGUUGGUGAUGACAAUAAUAACUUUAGAAGGGGAAAGAAAAUGUCCAACAAGAAAAAGGUUGGGAAUAAGAAUGAUGAUACUGCAGCUAUGGCAACAGCUAGAAAGUCUAACAAGAAACGGCAAAGAGAUGAUGUACGUGAAGCUUCUCUCAAGAAAAUGAAGGCAUAACAUUGAUUAGAGUGGAGGAUGACUUUUUUAUUUUUGUUAGAAAAUGAAGGCAUACCAUUUGAUGUAUGAUAGAUUUGGAUGACUUUCUCUUUGCUUACGAUUUUGUAUCAUUUAUAAUAUCAGCUAGACUUUGUAACUGAAAAGAGCAAUCGCGUUGUGUGUCAAAAGGUAAUUAUUGCAAAAAUAUAAAAUUCUUUUCCCCAAAUAUUCUCUUUCCCAUGUCCUCCUUGACUCCAGUAUAUCAUUGGUGUUCU